GGCAGCGAGUGUAGUCCGCCGAAUGUUCGCCUCCUGGAGCCGCCGAUGAGCCCGCCUCGCGUUCCUGUGCGCGCCGCUUGACAACGCUCAAGGCCAGCUGGGUCCACGGCGUCCGCGCACGUCCCGAUCCCCGGGUCCCACCAGCCUUGGGGGGCUGCGCGCUUUUUCAGUGCCUAAUGCGAACCAGCUGUGACAGGUGACUGGGGUCAGAGGUGACCUGGCCCCUCUUGGCUGUGGCCAAGCCUAGCCCAUCACACAGAAGGAGUUUCUAAAAAGAGCACCCGACAUUUCCUGCGGCAGAGCGGCUUAUACCGGAGCAUGGCACAGACCAACAGCGGCGGGCAGGGGACCAACGGGGUGGCGGACGAGUCUCCCAAUAUGAUCGUCUACAGAAAGAUGGAGGAAGUAAUAGCGCGCAUGCAGGAGGAGAAAAACGGCAUCCCGAUCCGAACAGUCAAAAGCUUCCUCACCAAGAUCCCCAGUGUUUUUUCAGGUUCUGAUAUUGUACAGUGGAUGAUCAAGAAUCUAGACAUUGAAGAUCAAGUCGAGGCUCUUCACCUCGGAACGCUGAUGGCCGCGCAUGGUUACUUCUUCCCCAUCUCAGACCAUGUCCUCACCCUCAAAGAUGACGGAACGUUCUACCGGUUUCAGACUCCGUACUUUUGGCCGUCAAACUGCUGGGAACCAGAAAACACAGACUAUGCUGUUUACCUCUGCAAAAGAACAAUGCAAAACAAAGCACGUCUGGAGCUUGCAGACUAUGAGGCAGAGAGCUUAGCGAGGCUACAGCGAGCUUUCGCCAGGAAAUGGGAGUUCAUUUUUAUGCAAGCAGAAGCACAAGCAAAAGUGGAUAAGAAAAGGGACAAAAUUGAGAGGAAAAUUCUCGACAGCCAGGAAAGAGCCUUUUGGGAUGUGCACAGACCAGUGCCUGGAUGUGUGAAUACAACAGAGGUCGACAUUAAGAAGUCCUCCAGAAUGAAAAAUCCACACAAAACCCGAAAGUCCGUGUACGGCUUGCAGAACGACAUCCGCGCCCACAGCCCGACCCACACUCCGGCCCCUGAGGCCAAGCAGCCGACAGAAGAGGAGCUGCAAGAGCAGAUCACAUUUUGGCAGUUGCAGUUAGACCGGCAUCGACUGAAAAUGUCCAAAGUUGCGGAGAGUUUGUUGGGUUACACAGAGCAGUACAUAGAAUACGACCCCUUCCUCACGCCCCCGGAUCCUUCCAACCCCUGGAUCUCAGAUGACACUACACUGUGGGAGCUGGAAGCAAGUAAGGAGCCCGGCCAGCAGAGAGUAAAAAGGUGGGCUUUCGGCAUUGACGAGGUUCUCAAGGACCCCGUGGGGAGGGAACAGUUCCUCAAGUUUCUCGAAUCUGAGUUCAGCUCGGAGAAUCUCAGGUUCUGGCUAGCGGUCCAGGAACUGAAGAAGCGCCCCAUUCGAGAAGUCCCAACUCGGGUUCAGGAGAUUUGGCAGGAGUUUUUGGCUCCGGGCGCACCCAGCGCCAUCAACGUGGACUCUAAGAGCUAUGACAAAACCACCCAGAAUGUCAAAGACCCAGGACGCUAUGCCUUUGAAGACGCACAGGAACACAUCUACAAACUGAUGAAGAGUGAUUCCUACAGCCGCUUCAUUCGGUCCAGUGCCUACCAGGAAUUAUUGCAGGCCAAGAAGAAGAAGAGUAAGAACCUCUUCUGAAAUCUGUUUUCCAGGAGAAGAACACGUGGAUCCAAGUGGCGGAGCAGUCGUGUGCCAUCAUGCUAAAUUUAAAAAAAAAAAAAAUCAUCUCUCUCUUUCUCUCUCUCACUCUUAUGGAGAGCAGCCAUGCCAUCUCUCCAUCAUCGUUGUCUAUCGCCCCGCACCGGAUGAGGAGCGUGCCGGGCCCGAUCUGUUUGCCUCUCCUCCACCAGCCGCUGGAGCCGUCCUCCUCGCUCCUCCUCUUUCAAUAACUGACAUUACAAAAUUCAAGAAAUUAUGAGGGGGAGACACAGACACUCACAAAAAAAAAAAAAAAAAAAAUGUACCACCGUUGGACUUGAGAGGAUGCUGCCACACGUGGUGAGAUGCAAAAAAAAAAAAAAAAAACAUCAAAAAACAAAAAAGGCCCAAAUCCGGCUUUGUUUCAGUGCUUUUUCAUCGUCACUGCUGGAUCUAAGGCCUUCUCACACUUCCUGGUAAAACUAAUGAUGUCAGAGAGUGAGAGAGAGAGAGCUGGGAAGAAAGUAACUUAAAACACACAGACAAUAAAUAAGCUUCAAAUGAUGAAUCUAGCCAAUGUCAUUGCUUUACAUGAUAUGGUCAAAGACUACGGGAAAGUGUUGUGCAGAAUGAAUAUACAAUACAGACAUAUUAAUGUUUAGUGUGCAUUUACUUGUUUUGCUUUGCAUUACGUUAUUGCACUACAAUAAUGAGCACAUAAUUGGUUUCUGAUUUCUAUCACACUUGUAAGAGUCCCAUCCAAAACUGGAGGAUAAUGUCUGCUGUUUGAUGUAAAACAUAACUAGCUUUUUUUUUCCCCCUCUCUGCAUUUAUUUUUAUACCAUAUUUAAAGACACUUUUACUUACUUGUAUUAUUAAAGUCGGCCCUC